UAUCUCAUUUUAGAAUUCAAUUCAUUUGCUCUCUUCGAAAAUGUCGAAAUCUCCAUGGGGAAAUAUCGGCGCUUGGGCCGCCGAAGCCGAAAGGGCCGAAGCCGAGGAAAAGGAACAAGCCGCUGCCGAAGCUGCUGCUGCUGCCGCUGCGCCAACCGCCGGGAAGGACACCCAGAGUUACCCUAGCCUAAAGGAAGCCGUCAACACCAAGCAGAAGAAGAAAACCAAGAUGAGCUUGCAAGAGUUCACGAUGCAGAGCACCUACACCCCUACCGGUGGCUAUGGCUCCGGAUCUACUAGCCGGUUAACUCCAGACGAGAUGCUCCGCCUUCCCACCGGCCCAAAGGAACGAUCCGCUGAAGAAAUGCAAUAUGGUCGUCUUGGUGGUGGGUUUUCUAACUAUGGGUCCCGCAGUAUGGGCCCACCACCCGGCCGGGGACGAGAUCGAGAGGGUGAUAGUGAGGGUUCCUGGGGUGGUAAUCGGAGAUCGUAUGUUGGAUUUGAUGAUGAUCGACGGGGCCCACCUUCUAGGGCUUCCGAUUUUGAUCAACCAUCUAGAGCUGACGAGGCUGAUAAUUGGGCUUCAUCGAAGAAAUCGUUACCCAUGCAAUCACUUGAUUCCGGUUCUGCUCGUUCCAAUCGCUAUGGUUCUCUCGGAUCCGGAGACGGAAUUUCUAGGGCUGAUGGCGAUGACAAUUGGGGUGCUUCGAAGAAGUCCAAUGUCGCCCCACCACCACCAGGGAGGUCUUGGUUCCCUGAUUUGAGGCCUGAACCAGAGCGUUGGUCUCGUGAGCCAAACCAUGAAAGACAGAGAUUGGUUCUGGAUCCGCCCAAGAUGGAGAUGGGAAGUGAAAAUGUGAACGAGACUGUGGUGAAAGUGAACAAGCCUAAUCCAUUUGGGGCGGCGAGGCCACGGGAGGAGGUCUUGGCGGAGAAGGGAUUGGACUGGAAGAAAAUGGAUAAGGAAAUUGAGGUGAAGAAGGGAAUUGGAAGUAGGCCAACGAGCUCACAAUCAAGUAGGCCUGGGAGUUCACAGUCUGUCCGUUCUGAAGGCACAUCAUUGCAGGGGGGAAUGGUGGAAGGUGGUGGAGUUAAACCUAAGCCGAAGGUUAAUCCUUUUGGAGAUGCAAAGCCUAGGGAAGUUUUGCUUGAAGAAAAAGGUUUAGAUUGGAGGAAGAUUGACUUGGAUUUGGAGCAUCGACGUGUUGACAGACCAGAGAUGGAGGAGGAAAAGAAUCUGAAAGAAGAAAUAGAGCAACUCAGGAAGGAAGCUACACAGUGCUCGGAGGAGGACAAGACUAAUUUACAGAAUGUGAUUAAUCAGAAAGAGAAGGACUUGGAAUUGCUGAUCCGUGAUUUGGAUGACAAAGUCCGUUUCAGUCAGAAACCCAUUCAAAGGCCAGGCUCUGGGUCAGGCAGGGGUGCUGGACAUCCUGAUAGGAGCCUUUCUCAUCAAGCAUCUUAUGAGGACCGUAGAGCUGGUGAUCAGAUGGACAGGCCUAGAUCACGCGGUGGAGGAGAUGCAUGGGCAAGGCCAAGUGACCAAAUGGAGAGGCCUCGAUCACGUAGUGGUGUAGAUGCAUGGGCCAGGCCAAAUGAACAGGUGGAGAGGCCUCGAUCACGGGGCGGUGGAGAUGCAUGGACAAGACCAGGUGAUGAGAGAAGAUCUUUCCAAGGAGGUAGAGGAGGAUAUUUUGGCAGCCGGGAGUCUGAUAGUGAAGGUGUGAUGAGAGUUGCAGCUAGUGACAUCCCUCUACCAUCCCUGAGAAAUCGUGAAAAGAAAAGGACAGCACAAAGUGUAAAAUGCCCAUGACAAGAUCUGGGGACAGAUGGUAAUCUUCAAGUACUGUGGAUUCUUUGGCUUCUUUCGCCUGCGUUUUUUGUCCUCUGACAAAUUAGAACAGAAUAAUAUCUUUCGACUUCCAUCUUUUUUGGCUUUUAGUUUUGCUGCAAGGUUGAUGCUAGAAUUACCGAGUGUUGAUACAAGCGUUUUUGCAGUGGUUAAUUGUCCCAUCUCAAAGUUGUGUAAAAGUGCAUUUUUCCUCCAUUUCUCUUUGGAGGCAGGGUACCUGUUUUGUUUAUUGCUCCAAACGACUAAUGUAACGUGCCAUUGUGGUCAUACUUUUGGUUGAUCUUUUUUAUCUUUAUCCUUUUAGUAGGGAGAUACCUUUUAAAAGCUCUGCUUAUUUCUUUAAACAAUGGUUCCCAUGUAUUCAAUUUUUUGUGCUUGAUGUUCUAUGAAUGAGCCAUUUAAGCAUUUACCUA